UCGUCAUAACAUAGACGGCGAGCGCUUUCAAACAACUGACCUUGAUGAAUAAACUUGUGUUGAGUUUUUAAAUAGAGGACUGUAGUGACGUCACGGCGACGUCCCAGUUCUCUUCGCUGCUGUCUCAUUGACUCCUUUCCUUCCCCUCGUCUCCUCUUGUUGACUCUCUGCAGAAAACAAGUGGCAGCGAGGAAGAAGGGCGGGGAAGCUAAAUAGAACGCGGCCAUCGUCAAAGCCCCCCCAGUGCCUGUAGCUCACCGCCACUGUUUUGUCACCCUCUCAUCCACACUUUCUCCCCGCUCUUAGCGGAUAUUCGCGGACUGUUUCCCCUUCAAAUACUGCCAGCAGGACCGUUGAAACAUGAGCGUUGAGGCGUACGGGCCGAGCUCCCAGACUCUUACCUUCCUGGAUACCGAGGAAGCGGAGCUGCUCGGAGCAGACACUCAGGGCUCCGAGUUCGACUUCACCGAUUUCACCCUGCCGAGCCAGACCCAAGGCCAGACCCAGAGCCAGCUCGACAGCCAGGUUCGUAGUAACGGUCCUGGAGGCGUGUUGCAAAAUGGAGACGACCCUGUGGUUAAAGCCAGUCAGUUGCUGGCAGAGUUAAACUUCGAGGAGGAUGAGGAGGACACCUACUACACGAAGGACCUCCCCGUUCAUGCCUGCAGUUACUGUGGGAUUCAUGAUCCUGCCUGCGUUGUGUACUGCAACACCAGCAAGAAGUGGUUCUGCAAUGGCCGUGGAAACACCUCUGGCAGUCACAUUGUGAACCAUCUGGUGAGGGCAAAGUCUAAGGAGGUGACCCUGCAUAAAGACGGCCCUCUGGGGGAAACUGUGCUGGAGUGUUACAACUGCGGCUGUCGCAAUGUCUUCCUGCUGGGCUUCAUCCCUGCGAAGGCUGACUCGGUCGUGGUGCUUCUGUGCAGACAGCCAUGUGCCAGUCAGAGCAGCCUGAAAGACAUCAACUGGGACAGUUCCCAGUGGCAGCCUCUCAUUCAGGACCGCUGCUUCCUGUCUUGGUUGGUGAAAAUCCCCUCAGAGCAGGAACAGCUCAGGGCCCGUCAGAUCACGGCCCAGCAGAUCUACAAGCUGGAGGAGCUCUGGAAGGACAAUCCCAGUGCAGCCUUGGAAGACCUGGAGAAGCCGGGCGUUGAUGAGGAGCCUCAACACGUUCUGCUGCGCUAUGAGGAUGCCUACCAGUACCAGAACAUCUUUGGUCCUCUUGUCAAGCUGGAGGCUGACUAUGAUAAGAAGCUUAAAGAGUCACAGACUCAAGACAACAUUACAGUCAGAUGGGACCUGGGCUUGAAUAAAAAGAGGAUUGCUUAUUUCAGUCUGCCUAAGACGGACUCAGAUAUGCGACUGAUGCAAGGAGAUGAAAUCUGCCUGAGGUACAAAGGGGAUCUGGCUCCUAUGUGGAAAGGCAUUGGACAUGUCAUCAAAGUCCCUGACAACUACGGUGAUGAGAUCGCCAUCGAACUGAGGAGCAGUGCUGGCGCUCCAGUGGAGAUCCCACACAACUUUCAAGUGGACUUUGUGUGGAAGUCCACAUCCUUUGACAGGAUGCAGAGUUCCCUGAAGACAUUUGCUGUGGAUGAAACUUCCGUGUCUGGUUACAUCUACCACAAACUGCUGGGCCACGAGGUGGAGGACGUGAUCAUCAAGUGUCAGCUGCCCAAACGCUUCACUGCGCAAGGACUGCCUGACCUCAACCACUCCCAAGUGUAUGCCGUAAAGACGGUGCUGCAGCGGCCCCUCAGCCUGAUCCAAGGUCCCCCUGGCACUGGAAAGACGGUGACCUCUGCCACCAUCGUGUACCACCUGGCUCGACAGGGCAGUGGACCAGUUCUGGUGUGUGCGCCCAGUAACAUUGCUGUGGACCAGUUGACAGAGAAGAUCCACCAGACUGGACUCAAAGUGGUGAGGCUGUGUGCCAAGAGCAGGGAAGCCAUCGACUCACCGGUCUCAUUCCUGGCUCUGCACAACCAGACCCGUAACAUGGACAGUAUGCCAGAACUUCAGAAACUUCAACAGCUGAAAGACGAGACCGGAGAGUUGUCGUCCUCGGAUGAGAAACGUUACAGGGAUCUGCGACGCACCGCUGAAAGGGAGCUGUUGAUGAAUGCCGACGUAAUCUGCUGUACUUGUGUUGGGGCCGGCGACCCUCGUCUGGCUAAGAUGCAGUUCAGAUCGAUCCUGAUCGAUGAGAGCACGCAGGCAACUGAGCCCGAGUGCAUGGUACCUGUGGUCCUUGGAGCUAAGCAGUUGAUUUUGGUGGGUGACCACUGCCAGCUGGGCCCAGUGGUGAUGUGCAAGAAGGCAGCUAAAGCAGGACUGUCCCAGUCUCUCUUUGAGCGUCUGGUUGUUUUGGGGAUUCGACCAAUCCGUCUGCAGGUUCAAUAUCGCAUGCACCCGGCCCUCAGUGCCUUCCCCUCCAACAUCUUCUAUGAAGGCUCACUGCAGAACGGAGUCACUGCUGGUGACCGUGUGAAGAAGGGCUUUGACUUCCAGUGGCCACAGCCUGACAAGCCCAUGUUCUUUUAUGUCACUCAAGGCCAGGAAGAAAUCGCCAGCUCAGGAACAUCUUAUCUUAACAGAACUGAGGCAGCCAAUGUGGAGAAAAUAACAACACGGUUGCUGAAGGCUGGUGCCAAACCUGAUCAAAUUGGUAUCAUCACCCCUUAUGAGGGGCAGAGGUCCUACUUGGUCCAAUACAUGCAGUUCAGUGGCUCCCUUCACACCAAACUGUACCAGGAGGUGGAGAUUGCCAGUGUGGAUGCUUUCCAAGGCAGAGAGAAGGACUUUAUCAUCUUGUCCUGUGUGAGGGCCAACGAGCACCAGGGCAUCGGCUUCCUCAAUGACCCGCGUCGUCUUAACGUGGCGCUCACAAGAGCCAGAUAUGGCGUGAUCAUUGUGGGGAAUCCUAAAGCUCUGUCCAAGCAACCCCUGUGGAACCACUUGCUGAACAACUACAAGGAGCAGAAGGUGCUGGUGGAAGGACCGCUUAACAAUUUGCGCGAGAGCCUCAUGCAGUUCAGCAAGCCCCGCAAGCUGGUCAACACCAUCAACCCUGGAGGCCGAUUCAUGAGCACAGCCAUGUAUGACGCCAGGGAAGCCCUUAUUCCCGGAUCUGUUUAUGAUCGCAGCAGCAAUGGGCGUACAUCCAACAUGUACUUCCAGACCCACGACCAGAUUGGAAUGAUUGGUAGCGGCCCCAAUCCCAUGACUUCCCUAAACAUCCCCAUCCCCUUUAGCCUUGUCAUGCCCCCUAUGCCUCCUCCUGGUUACCUCGGACAGCUCAACGGCUCGACGGCAGGUCGUGGAGGCGGCAUGAAAGGAAAAGCUGGCGGAGGAGGCAACACUCGAGGUAGUCGCCAAAGAAACCGUGGCAACAACCACAGCAGAGGGGGCCAUAUGAGUGGCAGCCAGGCCAGCCAAGACUUGGGCUCGCAGCCCUUUUCCCAAGGGCCUCUGACCCAAGGCUACAUUAACAUGAGUCAGCCGUCACAAAUGAGCCAGCCGGGGCUCUCCCAGGCGGAGCUUUCCCAGGACAGUUACUUAGGAGAUGAAUUCAAGUCCCAAAUUGACGUGGCGCUAUCUCAAGACUCCACCUAUCAGGGGGAGCGAGCCUACCAGCAUGGUGUGACUGGACUGUCCCAGUACUAGACUACUGCUGAAAGGUGCUUGGCCUAUAUGAGCUCAGUUCAUCAGAGUUUAAAAUCUGGGUGAUAACAAAAAAACGAACAAAUAAGGAUACCCGUUUUCCACCGCUACACCACUGCGUGAAAGUAACAGGAGCGAGAAAACCAACCAAUCACAAGAGAGAAGAGCAGAGCGAGGGGGCGGCGUGCCAGGCUGACGGAGGAGCGAAGGCACUGCUUCCCUGCACGCGCCCAGGCGAGCCGAAGGAGCGAGCUGGCGUCUUUGGAAUCGGCGCUGCUGGAGGAACGAGACCCUUGGCGUCUUUGAGGAGGAAAGCUCCAAACCGGAGCGAGGGGUGUACCGUGUCAUCUGACCCUCACGUGCCCCUGAAUCCCUUUAGGGUCUCCAGGCCGUCUGGUCGCAGGGAAAGAUGGAGGUGGUCUCCACACGUCUGUCCUCCUAGCUAACUGCCCUACAGGAUGAGACACAGAGCGAGGGGGGGGCGACACACGGCUUGAAGCAACGUUUCCAACUGCCAAGUCUUUGGCUGUUCAAGAACUCUUUGUCAGUGGACAUGUGUGGGCCACAAAGCCACUGAUCAUUCACUCUUUCUCAGCGGUUAGUGGCAAGUUUCAAAAGAAAUGGUGAUGACACCAUCUCUCUGGAGGUGGUCUGCAAGGAACACGUGGAAUUAGCUCUUUGAAUAGCAAAAGUCAUGUUUUUGUCUCCCAACGUGUACGAGACCGUAUUUGUUCUUCUAAAUAUAUCCGUAGUACAACCAGGAGAACUCGGGGUGGUGAUAAAGAGUAACUUGCGCUCGUUUUGGUGAAAGCAUGAAGAUCCUCACAGCUUGCGAUUGCUAUGUAACAGAAUCGCACAGAGAUGCCUUGCCUAAUUAUUAGACCAUCUAAAGACACAGCUGCCCUGAAUUAAGCAGCACUGAUCAUUUUGUUUACAUGCUAGUAUGAAGAAGCUGAAAUUAUACUUUUAAUGCUAAAAUAUUAAUUUUACCCAUUAAUUUAACAUUUUAGUUGUAUCAUUUCCUAAUUCAUAGUUAUUUACUUUCCUUCUUGAAGAGUUCAUUGUUUGAGUGGUUCAACGUUAUGCUUGAUUUCUUCCUGACUUUUCCAAUUUACACUACCGUUCAAAAGUUUGGGGUCACAUUGAAAUGUCCUUAUUUUUUGAAGGAAAAGCACUGUACUUUUCAAUGAAGAUAACUAUAAACUAGUCUUAACUUGAAAGAAAUACACUCUAUACAUUGCUAAUGUGGUAAAUUACUAUUCUAGCUGCAAAUGUCGGGUUUUUGGUGCAUUAUCUACAUAGGUGUAUAGAGGCCCAUUUCCAGCAACUAUCACUCCAGUGUUCUAAUGGUACAAUGUGUUUGCUCAUUGGCUCAGAAGGCUAAUUGAUGAUUAGAAAACCCUUGUGCAAUCCUGUUCACACAUCUGAAAACAGUUUAGCUCGUUACCGAAGCUACAAAACUGACCUUCCUUUGAGCAGAUUGAGUUUCUGGAGCAUCACAUUUGUGGGGUCAAUUAAACACUCAAAAUGGCCAGAAAAAGAGAACUUUCAUCUGAAACUCGACAGUCUAUUCUUGUUCUUAGAAAUGAAGGCUAUUCCACAAAAUUGUUUGGGUGACCCCAAACUUUUGAACGGUAGUGUAGGUCUAAAAAAGUAUUUGUUUUCUCGCGUAGAAUUAGCAGAUUUUCUCGUGGGGUUUUAUUUUGCACGCGCAUGUGUUGACUCAAGUGUAGUUCUGUAGGCUGCUCAAGUUCUGUCUGUCCCGAUCCUUUAACAGAUCAGAAUCUUUUGCUCACCUUGGUGGUUGUGUUUCGACCUGUGGUUGCUCAUCUUCUUUCCUGUACCUUGAUUUAUUUUUACAUGCGGCUCAUUCAAGUGUCGGUGUUUCCAUUGUCGCCUGGAAAUACUCGUGUUGCUGCGUCUAAACCGAUCUUUUAGCAACAUAUCCGCUGAGCAUGUUGUAUGGUGGAAACAUUCAACUACCCUGUGAAAGCUUAUGUUGCGAUUUCAUUGAGCUCAUUCGUUUUUUGACCCUGUAUAUUUGCCUGACAUUACACAUUAUUGCGAUUCUUUUCCAAUAAUGGAUUGUGAUUGUUCUGAUUGUGCUCACAAACUUAUAAUUAUUACAACAUUAAAAGUUGUUUAUUUUUUGGUCCUCUA